AACUCGAAGUGUUGAGAAGAUCCCGGACCAGCCAAACGCGAUACUUGAAAAACCCUAAACACCGUGGACCUUCAGCAGGGCCUUUUCUCUUCUUCCCUCCCAAACCCCUCAGAGUCGGAUCUCUCUCUCUCUCUCUCUCUCUCUCUCUCUCUCUCUUUCUCUCUCUCUCUCUCUCUCUGAGCUCGAAGAGAAGAGAAGAGAAGAAAAGAGAAGAAGAUGGAUGAUACAGAGACGGAGGGAGUGACUGUAAUGGAGGACGAUCGGGUGGUGAAGAGAAAUAAGAAGAAGAAAAAGGCGAGUAAGAAGGCAAAGUCUGGAGGUUUCGAGUCCCUCUCUCUGAGCUAUAAUGUUUUUCGGGGGAUUAAGCGAAAAGGGUACCGCGUUCCGACGCCCAUCCAGCGCAAGACGAUGCCCCUCAUUCUCGCAGGCCUCGACGUCGUCGCCAUGGCCAGAACGGGGUCCGGCAAGACCGCGGCCUUUCUCGUGCCCAUGCUGGAGAAGCUCAAGGAGCACGUUUCUCAGGGCGGAGUCAGAGCGCUUAUCCUCUCGCCCACGCGUGACCUCGCUCUUCAGACAUUCAAAUUCACCAAAGAGCUUGGCAGAUACACAGACCUUCGUACUAGUGUAUUGGUUGGUGGUGAUAGCAUGGAGAGCCAGUUUGAAGAAUUAGCACAGAACCCUGACAUCAUAAUAGCAACCCCUGGUCGACUUAUGCACCAUUUAGAUGAGAUUGAUGACAUGUCCUUGCGCACAGUGCAAUAUGUUGUGUUUGAUGAAGCUGACUGUCUGUUUGGGAUGGGUUUUGCGGAGCAGUUGCAUAAGAUUCUUGGACACUUGAGUGAGACUCGCCAAACUCUGCUUUUCAGUGCAACUUUACCAAGUGCACUUGCUGAAUUUGCCAAGGCUGGAUUGCGUGACCCUCAACUUGUGCGGCUUGAUCUAGAGACUAGGAUAAGUCCUGACCUAAAGCUCAUGUUCUUCACAUUGCGUCAAGAAGAAAAAUAUGCUGCUCUUCUCUAUUUAGUCAGAGAACGUAUAAGCUCAGAUCAGCAGACCUUGAUAUUUGUGUCAACAAAACAUCAUGUUGAAUUUCUAAAUGUUCUUUUCAAGAAGGAGGGUAUAGAUGCUUCUGUAGUUUAUGGUGACAUGGAUCAAGAUGCACGCAAAAUCCAUCUUUCUAGGUUUAGGUCAAGGAAGACAAUGCUAUUAGUGGUCACUGAUGUUGCUGCACGAGGCAUUGAUAUUCCUUUGCUUGAUAACGUUAUCAACUGGGACUUUCCUCCAAAGCCAAAGAUUUUUGUCCAUAGAGUGGGCCGAGCUGCUCGGGCUGGUCGUACCGGUACUGCAUAUUCUCUUGUAACUUCAGAAGACAUGCCUUACCUAUUGGAUCUUCAUCUGUUUCUUUCUAAGCCUCUUAAGCCUGCACCCACUGAAGAAGAGCUUGCGAAGGAUAAAGAUGGAGUCCUUUCAGGAAUUUUUAAAGCUAUCGAGGGUGGAGAAACAGUUUAUGGCCGCUUUCCCCAAAAUGCUCUGGAACUGAUUUCCGACAAAGUUCGGCAAAUAGUUGAUGGCUGUGCAGAACUAACUUCCUUAGAAAAGUCUUCCAUAAAUGGUUUCAAAUUGUACUCAAAGACAAAGCCUUUACCUUCUAGAGAAUCCAUAAAAAGGGCAAAAGAUUUACCUCGUGAAGGGUUGCAUCCAGUUUUUAAGAAUGAAUUGGAAAACCAAGAGUUAGCAGCAUUGGCAUUUUCAGAACAGUUGAAAGCUUUUAGGCCAAAGCAAACCAUUUUGGAGUCUGAAGGUGAAGCUGCUAAAUCAAAAAAUUUGCAAGGCCCUGCCAGUCAAUGGGUUGAUGUGAUGAAGAAGAAAAGAGCUGUGCAUGAAGAAAUCAUAAAUAAGGUUUAUCAACAAAAGUCUAGUGGAUUAUCCUCUUCUCAGAACUCUGGGCCAGCGGCUAUAAUUUCGAAGAAGAGGAAGGCAAAUGGUCUUGAUGGUUCUAAAUUUGGAAAGACCUUCAAAGAUGAGGAAUACUACAUAAGUCCUGUGCCGAUGAAUCAGCAUCUAGAAGCAGGGUUAUCAGUAAGAGGAGACCAAGGUUUUGAAUCUAAUAGGCUAGAAUCUGCUGUUCUGGAUUUGGUUGCAGAUGACAGUAGUGGCCUUGGAAAGCAUAAGUCUGUGUAUCACUGGGACAAGAGGGGUAAAAAGUAUGUGAAAUUAAAUAAUGGGCAGCGCGUAAUGGCAUCUGGAAAGAUUAAAAAUGAGAGUGGGGCCAAAAUUAAGAAGGGGAAAACAGGGAUCUACCAGAAAUGGAAACAGAAGUCACAUUCAAAGAUUUCACAUAGUGGAGCGCAGGAUGAAAGAACUCUUGACAAUGAGCAAGUUUUAGAAGGGGGUAAUAAGCAUGGUCUGGGUAACAAGAGAGGCUUCAGAAGCCAGAAGAGUGGAAGGUUGAUUCCCAACUCAAACUUGCGACCGGAGCUCCGAGAUACAAAGCAAGUUCAGAAAGCACGGAAGCAACAGGGCGGAAGAAAUUCAUUCUCUAAAAGAAGUGGGAAGGGUGGGAGGCAAGAAAAUUCAUUCUCUAGAAGAAGUGGGAAGAGUGGGAGGCAAGAAAAUUCAUUCUCUGGAAGAAGUGGGAAGAGUGGGAGGCAAGAAAAUUCAUUCACUAAAAGAGGUGGGAAGGGUGGAAGGCAAGGAACAAAAAGGACAAGGAAGUGAGAGUUCUUUCCCUCAACAAUUUUUGUUUUCGUUUUUUUUUUUUUUUU